GGUUGGCUUAAAGUGGAAGCGCCGAGCCGGGGCGGGGCAGCAGUUCCUUUCAGGCCUCGCUUGAUGCGCAGACCGGGUCGAAGUCGCCGCUGAGGAAGCCGAGAGUGCGAGGAGCAGCUGUAGAAGUACCUCCACCGCAUAUCCACCCUUCCUCCUUCCCUCCCUCGCCCACAGCACCAUGGCAUCAGGCGUAGCGGUUUCUGAUGGGGUCAUCAAAGUCUUCAAUGACAUGAAAGUGCGUAAGGCUUCUACCCCAGAGGAGGUCAAAAAACGCAAGAAGGCUGUGCUCUUCUGCCUGAGUGAAGACAAGAAGAACAUCAUCCUGGAGGAGGGAAAGGAGAUUCUGGUGGGGGAUAUUGGGGACACCAUUGAUGACCCGUACUUGCACUUUGUCAAGAUGCUGCCUGACCGUGACUGCCGCUACGCCCUCUAUGAUGCCACCUAUGAGACCAAGGAGAGCAAAAAGGAAGACCUCGUCUUCAUCUUCUGGGCGCCUGAGUGUGCCCCCCUCAAAAGCAAGAUGAUUUAUGCCAGUUCUAAGGAUGCCAUCAAGAAGAAACUUACAGGGAUCAAACACGAGGUGCAAGCAAACUGCUAUGAAGAAGUGAAGGACCGCUGCACCCUGGCGGAGAAAUUGGGCGGCAGUGCUGUCAUCAGUUUGGAGGGCAAGCCCUUGUGAGCCCCCUCCCCUGUCGUGCCAGUGUCUCCGGAGCUUCCAUGUUAAUGGCCCUGUGCUACCGUUUUUGGGUUGGUGGGUGGGAUGUGGGGUGGGCUCCUCCUUUUUAGUUAUGUUCCAGUUCUCUGCCUUUUCCAUCUUCACCCAUCUGGUGCUCCCCUCCUGUAAAAGCAGCUGCCCCCCCCCCCAACCUCGCAGCUGCUGUUGAAACUUGCCAAACCGUCGACAACUCUUCUCUCACGCCUCCCCCCACUCCUUUCCAGGCCCAGUCUUUCAGGUGACAUUCCUCUCUGGGCCCCAGUCCUUGGCUGCCUCCUUUGCCCCCCGGGGGACCAUCUGCUUUUCUCCAUUCCAGCCAUGGGACCACUCCAAGCAGGACUCGCUCCUGGCCAAGGCUUCAAGGGGGAGAGGGCAUCUGAAGGCCCAG